AUGACUACCAAUUCUGGACCUGGUGGUAUAGUUGGUGCAAUAGUAGCACUUGAUGUUAAGACGGGAAUUUAUUAUGAAAGUGGUGAUGAUAAUGGUACGUUAUUUGCUAUAGAUGCCAAAACUGACGUGAUUUUAUAUGAAUUUCAAACUAUAGGAACUCUUGCUUCUGGUCCAAGUAUUGUGAAUGGCAUCGUUUAUAUUGGAAAUGGUUAUGAACAUUUUCGACUAGCCGAUAUGAAUUUACAAAAGCAUGAAGUGAGACCAUGGGAAGACUUCCAAUCGGGAAAUUUCACUGAACUAUCACGUAUGAUAUGGAGAAAGUUUACCCAACUGACCAUUCCAUUUUAA